GCAGUGCCAACCUGUCUCUACUCACCGCCAACUGUAGCCUUUCUUUAUCUAUUUAUCUUGCCUUUCAUCCGCCAUGGAAUUUACGAACAUGAGGCUCUUCAUUGUAGCCGCGUUCGGCGCAUCUCUUCUACUGGUCGUAGCGCUUAUGAUCCUUGGAUGCUACGAGCUCAGGAAGCGCGCACGACGCACAAGGCGGCGCAGUAACUCGGACGACGUGGAAAGGGACAAGGACGAUCUCCCCGACUUCAGCAAAGUCGCAGUCCACCUGCCAGAAAGCCCCCGAAGCACGUUCAGCAUCAGCUCGGACCCCUUCCGACGCAGCCUGCGCAGCGCCUUCUCAUGGGACAGGUCGGUGACGCCGCAGCCUCUGCGUUUGGAACCGGACGCGCGGAAGCCUGCGAGCCCUUCGAAGGUGCUGCAUAAGAAGCCGCCGCCUGUCUCGACCUCUGUACGCACUGGGCCUAUAGCAGCCCCGUUACCUUCGCCAUCCUACCGCUCGCCGCUGUCGCAGCGGCCACAGCAAGGGUCUAGCUGAUGCCUCCCAGAACACGUAGACCGGCGUAUGUAUCUGCCUGCUCUGUUGAAGGGAGAGCUGGAUUCUCGCCUUCUCCAGGACAAUAUGUGCUUCGUAUGACACGGGGAUGUAUGCGAUGCUACUAUUCGAGAGCUUGUAUUACUGGGGGAACGGCCAUAAGUUCCGCCUCCGACUGACCAAACUCGAGUUUUUUUACUGCUUCGCAUGACAGCUAUCGUCAGGCUCGUAGUUAGCUACUUUCUUUGGGAGCAGCGGUGAUUUUUGUUUCACCUACAAACAGAGCUGAUAGCGCGCGGCGUAGGUAUGGAUGGUGGGCC